UAGCCACUUCCUAACAUGUCAGCUUCAGCUGUUACCUGUCAUGAAUUAUCAAAAGUAAAUAAAUAAAAAAUAAGGGUUACGUUUAUGUUGAAACGGUGUAAGUCGUUGUUAAAUUCAACAAGUAAUUUAUAUAAAACUGUAUUAAAAAUGUCGCGGGACAGCUCUAAAGACAGGGCGGAAGCUAAACCAAAGCAGCCCCCAGAAGCACAGUCGGAGGAAGACAACGCCUCUGGCACGUCCAUGAGCAUCGACUCUUUGCGCAAAUACCUGGCCGAAAAAUUGGGAAUUUCUGAUAAAGACGACGAAAAAGAGAAAAUUAAAAUUCUUGAUGACGUCUCUGUGGAUGGCAUUGCUGUCUAUAUUAAAAAGAAAAAUUGCAAAAACAUUAUUACAAUGGCCGGAGCGGGAAUCUCUACUUCUGCGGGAAUCCCCGAUUUUCGGUCCCCAGGCAGUGGCCUGUAUGACAAUUUGCAAAAAUACAACCUGCCUCAUCCUCAGGCAAUAUUCGAGUUGGAUUUCUUCCACGAGAACCCUAAACCGUUCUUCACACUGGCCAAAGAAUUAUAUCCUGGUUCUUUCAAACCAACCAUUUCUCACUAUUUUAUCAAACUUUUGAUUGAGAAAGAUGUGCUUUUGAGACAUUAUACCCAAAAUAUUGAUACUCUAGAACGCAUAGCAGGGAUUCCAGAGGAGAAAAUUGUUGAAGCUCAUGGCACUUUUUACACGGGACAUUGUUUAGCGUGUAGGAAAGAAUAUCAGUUAGAGUGGAUGAAAGAGAGAAUCUUUAAAGAUGAAGUCCCCGAAUGUGAGAGCAAGGACUGCAAGGGUGUAGUUAAACCAGACAUUGUUUUCUUUGGAGAGGCUUUGCCUGAUAAGUUUUAUAGUUUGAUAGAAAACGAUUUCAAAAAAUGUGACUUGCUUAUAAUCCUGGGCUCGUCUUUAGUUGUCCAACCAUUUGCCUCUCUUGUUGAUAGGGUGUUGGACACUUGCCCACGGCUUUUAAUAAACCGUGAAAAAGUGAAUAACGGUUCGGGAAUUAUGGCAAUGUUUGGUUUUGGUGCGGGUUUUGAUUUCGACGGCAAAAAUAAUACACGGGAUGUUGCGUGGAUUGGGGACUGUGAUGAGGGUUGCCAACUGUUGGCUGACAAAUUAGGAUGGGGGGACGAACUGAAAAAAUUACGACAAACUGAAAUCGAGAAAAUUGAAAAAGCUGAAGCUACUCCUGUGAAAAGUUCAAUGUAAUUUAUUGUUGUUAUGUUUAAAAAGUAAAGUAUGUUUUAAUGUUA